UGAAAACGCAACUCUAAUACAGUAUCCUGUAACUGGGGAGAAGACAAGCACCCCGAAACAUUAGGACUGUCUUUCCUGUUGUCGCACAAUCUUUCUGAAAACACGAAGGAAACGAGCGAACGAACGAACGAACGAACGAACGGCCAGCACAGCACAGCACAGCGCAGCGAGACAUGGCGGAGCAAGAAAUCGGGAAAAAACCAUACCACGCAAGAAUGCCGGCGCAGCUCCCGGCAAAAGGCUCCCGGGGGUGCCGGUCCGGCCCGGUGCUUUCGCCCGCGGUGUGGCUGCCGCUCCUGCCGAUGCUCUUGCUGGGGUCCCUCGCCCGGGGACCGGCCCUUGCUUCCGCGGCCGACCUCUCCCUGUCGCUCCGCUCGGUUUCCCCUCUGUCCGGCCCCUCGGCCCGCAUCGUGGUUCCCCCGUCCCGCAUCGGCGGAGGCGCUCCCGGAACCGAUGCGGGUGCCGGCGACAACAUCGGCGACGACCACCUCGACAACUUUUGCGGAAGCUUCGACCCCGGCUGCGCCCGCCUCCGGGUGGACGACACCGCGGAAGGAGGGAUGCUGGGAAUCCGGAGGGACCCCCGGACUUUUGUUCCCGUCGCCUUUCUGCCCGGGGAACAACACCGGCAGUGGCAGCAGCAGCAGCAGCAGCAAGAACAACAACAAGAACAACAACAACAAGCAGGACAGCCACCACGUCCACGCGAGGAGGACCGGUUCCGCUCGGAUGCUUUACUGCAAUCCCAACUCCCGGCACCCUUGCGGUCCUCGUUCAAAAAGACGGGGACYACCAUCGCCGGCUGCGUCGUCUACCACAACGCCACCGCCGCCAGAGACGGUGCAGCGAAACCAGGAGGGACCCCCCCGCCUUCCGGCCCCUGCGUGGUCCUGGCCGCCGACACGCGCGCCACCGCAGAAACCCUCGUGGCCGACAAGGCCUGCGACAAGAUCCACAAGCUGGCCUCGAACUGCCGGUGCUGCGGCGCGGGGACCUCGGCCGACCUGGACAAGCUCACCCGGCAGGUCCUCUACCAGGUGGCCAUGGACGAGCUGGGGGGCCGGACCGUCGGCAACGGGGGCCUUUCGGGCGGCCAGCGGCCGGAAACGACCGAGAAAGAGGCCGCCGAGGUGCUSUACCAGGACUAUGGUGGCUCCGGAGGCUUCGCGAAGGGGCAGCCGCUCCUGUGGAUGCGCCCGGUUUCGAUCGAUGGGAUCUGCGGCGUCUUUCGGGACGUCCUCUUCCGGAACGGGGGCCGGAUCGGUGCCAACCUCAUCGUCGGGGGGGUCUGGAAGCAAAAGGCCUUUCUCAGAGCGAUCCACCCCCACGGGUCCACCGACGCGGACCUCCCCUUUUGCGCACUCGGCAGCGGGGGGGCCGCGGCGAUGGCCGUCCUGGAGGACGGCUGGGCCCAAAACCUCUCGCUGGAGGAGGGGGUCGACCUGGUCCGCCGGGCCGUCUUGUCGGGGAUCCGCAACGAYCUGGGCAGCGGGAGCGCGGUCGAUCUCUGCGUGGUCUACCCCGACGGCUCCUGCGUCCAGACCCGCGGCCUGGUUCCGGAGGAGGAACUCCCCCCCGAAGGGACCGAGGACGGGAGCGGAAGGGACGCUUGCGGAAGUGCGCCUCCGCCGGCUCGGGCCCCCGCCGGGGUGAACGGCUUUGGCAACCAGCCCCUCUCUCUGGAACRCAAAGCACAGAGGAUGCCGUGCGCCGAGACGGACCAAACCGAGCGAACCAGGGCGUGGGACCGGGUCCUGGGGCUGUGAGAGGGAGCGAUCCUUGGACAAACAAGGUCGGAUCGAAUCGAAUCGAAUCGAAUCGGAUCCAACCGAAUCGAGUCGAGUCGAGUCGGGUCGGGUCGAAUCACCGGGGUUACUUGGGCUGCACCGAUUUCGUGUUUCCUUGGAAUCGGCUGCACCAGGAAGAUACGGAUUCUUGUGUGUGUGUCUGUGUGUGUAUGCGUAGGACAAACGCACGCAACGGGCGAGGGAACCGGUUGUGGAAGAGAACGGAGGAAAUCAGUGACGGAAAACACACAAACCAAGUGGCAAAGACGCCCCUCGCCGUGURUUCCGUACRCGGCUUUCCGCAGUGCMUGCCUCGUCGUGGUUCGAAACAGGAUGCGAUGCGAUGCGAUGCAAUGCUCCCCGCGGAAGGCACUGCAAAGUGGCCGCAUGGCAGCCGUGGGAUCGCUUUGCUCGUUCACGGAGCAUCUGGGUUCGAUGGGUCUCUCGUGGCUUUCCAACAUUCUUGCAAGCAAGAAGGAGCCCAGGGAACACGCCGGUCGCCAGCAAAUGAAUGCUGGGUACUACAGUACCUCACAUGCGACCACUAGUAAGAGUCAAAAACGAAGAAAGGAAUGGAACAAUUCGACUUCUUGUCUUUUCCGUUUUCAUUACAUGCGGUCUUCAAACUCUUGAAAGGGCACUGAAAGGAACCACUAAUAAUUGAUUGGUAACAGUUGCUAGUCGUAGUACUGUAACACUAUUACUAGUCCUACUGGCAUUCAUUAUUUAAAACUGGACAGAAAUAUGAGCGGAGAGAUGAAUCGGUAGCAAUUUGCUUAUCUCUGUGUCACAAGAAGAAAAUUUUAAGCUAGCAAUGCUGACUGGUGGUCAUUCUGCUGGUGAUAUGUCGUCCUCAUGGUGAUGGUGCUGCGGGUGGAGGCACAAGCAACAAGAACAACAAGAAGAAUAUCAGGAUUUUUCCAUACCACCCCAGCACCACUUGUGCUCUUCUUGUUGAUGUUGGAUUUGUAGCACUACAAGUGCUAGUAAUACUUUGGAGUAUUACCAAAUUCUACUGUUGUUAGUACUAGUACUAGUAAUAUUAGUAGUGGUAGGAUUAUUAGUACGUAUUUUUGAAGUAGUAGUACUACUACUAGUAUUACUAGUGCUAUGAACAAAAGAAAACAUUGCAG